AUGUUUGAAGAAGCAGUUGUACUUGGAGGAGUGGGAGGGUGGAGAGCUGUUCUGAUCACGGACAAAAGCUCAAUCAUUGAGCUGGGAGAAGUUGACCUGAACUGUCCUUCCAACUGCCAAAUUCAUAAUACCCAUUUCUUUGGAACUGACAGACAGAUAAUAAGGAGAGGGCAAGCCUUCAGUUUUUACGCUCGCUUCCAAAAUCGGGACUGGGAUGACUCUGUGGAUCAGGCCAUUUUCACCGUGGAGACAGGCCUCAGACCCUGCGAAUCAAAUGAAACAAAAUGUACCUUCCCAAUGGGCAGAUGUCUAGAUCAAACCUGCUGGAGCGCUUCCUACAAAAUUCAUCAGCCAAAAUGCAUCAAUAUCAGUGUGUUUCCUCCCUCCAAUGCCUGCAUUGGCCGCUAUAUUCUCAAUAUGCAAAUCACAUCUUGUGGUCACACAUAUCAGCGAUGUCUUGGAGAUUUUUAUGUCCUUUUUAACCCUUGGUGUGCAGAUGACCCUGUAUAUAUGGACAAUCAGGCCCAUAGAGAAGAAUAUGUUCUGAAUGAACAUGGGAUACUCUAUGAAGGGGUUCACAAGCAUAUUACCUCUCGACCAUGGCACUUUGGACAGUUUGAAGACGGGAUUCUGGAUAUCUGCUUGAAGAUCCUAGACAUGGGUGCGAGUUACCAUCAUGGAUCCGAUCGUGACCAUUGUUGGCGCAAUGACCCUGUGCAUGUCAGCAUGGUGGUAAAUCACAUGAUCAGCAGCCAUACCACUAGCAGUAUUAUGAAGAUUCCAGAAAACAAUGACUACUUGAAAGGAACAAAACCAUUUUCCUGGAAUGGAAGUGUCCCCAUUCUUCAGCAGUGGUACAAUGGCAGAUGCAGGCCGGUCAGAUAUGGGUACUGUGGGUCUCUUGCUGCAGUAAUGUGCACAGUGAUGAGGUGUUUGGGAAUUCCAAGCCGUGUUGUCACGAACUUCUGUUUUCCAUGCUCAAUUGAGAAUCCCCUUGGUAUCAAUGAGAUUUUUGACUGUACUGGAAAAAACCUGUGUGGUAAAGACAAGCUAUGGCGAUAUCACUGCUGGAAUGAAUCUUGGAUGGCUCGCAGAGACCUAAAUCAAUGCUGUGGUGAUUGGCAAUGUCUGGAUCCAACACCUUUGGAGACAGGCAGAGGUUCAGCUUGCAGUGGUCCUACAUGGGUUCGAAGCAUCAGAGAAGGGGAACUGGACUUGGACUAUGAUGGUCAUCAUAUGUUUUCUCGAGUAAAUUCAAAUUAUGUUGGCUGGCUUUCCCAAAACAAUGCCAAAAAAACAAAAUUUUUCUGCGACGCUUGGCCAUGUGGACAGCAACUAAUCACCAAGAGUGUUGGCAGUGAGCAAUUUGAAGAUAUCACUGGGGCUUACAAGUAUGAAAUAGGUAUGAUGAAAAGUUCUGUGAAAAACAAAGAAGCCUAUUACAGGGCUUACAGAAGAAUUCACCCAGGGUACUGCAAUGCUUCCAACUGUCAUAUUGAGCGAGAGUUAUCAUCUCUGAAAAACCCAUUUUUGAGUGACUCUGGUAUUAACAUGAGGUUAAAGAUGGCUAACUGCCCAAUGUACGGUGAAGAUGUCCAACUGCACUGGCUGCUUGAAAAUUUGCGUAGUGAAAACAAAAACCUGAAGUUUAAUUUGUGUGCACAAAUAAUAACCUACAGUGGUUGCCCAAUGGAUCAAUUUUGGAAAGAUAGUGUGAACGUCACAUUGGGUCCAAGGGAAGUGAAAAAAAUUCCACUGUGUAUAUCAUAUAGUCAAUAUGGACCUUAUCUCUGUGAUCACAACAUUAUGAAAGUAGUUGCUGUCUCAGACCCGGAGUGUGGAGAAGUUCUGAUGGUGAGCAGGGACAUUGUGAUCAACAGGCCACCUGUUAUUGUAAAGUUACUGAGCCAGCCCAGGCUGAAAGUACCAUGUACUGCAGAGAUCUCCUUCUGCAAUCCUCUCCAGGAAGAUAUGAAGAACUGCGUAAUGACCUUAGAAGGCUGUGGUUUAUUCAAAGAGCCAAUGACCAUUGAUUUGGGAACACUGGCAUCCAACCAACAGGCGCGGACCAUUGUGGAGUUCACACCUUACAGACUUGGCAGCCACCGGCUCCUGGCCAACUUUGGAUGCCACAAGUUUGCAUACUGCAAAGGAUGUGCCAAGGCUGAAGUGUGCUGCCCCGCAGGCCAGAAUGGCACCCUGCCCGUCAGCCAGAAUGGGUCGCUCCCGGUCUGUGAGAAUGGAUCCCUCCCCAUGAACAGUUCUGGUCCUGUCCCUGUGGCGGACCCUGCAUUCAACUCCAUGUGUGAAUAUAUAUGUAUCCCAGUGUGCAACCCAAACUGCAGUGCAGGGGGCCAGCCUGUGUACGACUUCGUGUACCUCCCUGCGGGCCAUCCCUUAUGCAACUCCAUCUGCAACCAAGGCUUCAAUCCAAGUAUCAAUCCUGGUUUUGACCUGGGAGGCGAUCCUGGCUUCCGUGUCAUAUGUGAGACUGUGCCUCCUGCUACGUGUGCCCCGAUGCCUCCGUCCAUGUAUGGCUCCAUGGCUGCCCCAACAUCCAACCCCGUGUGCGCCCCUAUGCCUCACGUGGUGUUUGAGACAGGUCCUGCUCCCACACACCAGCCUGGAGGCGGAACUGGGCCGAUGUCCUACUCUGUCUCUGUCCCUGCCAAUAAUGCGGUGAGUGCCCUGCUGACCCACUUCAUGGCCGGCUCUGGUCCCACUGCAGCUACUCAGGCAGUCCCAACCCAUAUGUCUGCUCCACCAUCUCACCCUGUGUGCACGCCAGUAGCCCACACCAUUGGCAGUCCCAUGCCGCAACCAGCUCCCAUUUCAGUGCCUGCUGCCUCCAUCUCACAUGUCGUCUGCGGCUCCGCUCCCUCUCCCACUGCCCAGCCUCCCUGUGGCCCAAUGGCCACCCUGGCCUCCCAACCCCUGAGCGCCCCGGUAGCCCACGGCGUGUGCUCUGCAGUCCCCUGCCCAGCGGCUUCCCCGGUGCCCCGCUCUGCCACGCGUAGUGCCACCCCAGCAGGGCUGCAGAUGGGGACCGCCCCGGCCUCCCGCCCUGUGGGACCCCCGGCGGCCCACUCGCUGUGUUCUCCAGCCCCCCGCCCGUUCCAGUAUCAGGAAUCCAAAGGUCAGAUUAGAAUGGCUGCAAAACUCAAUGGGUGA